CCCAUUCAUACCAUCAACCCCACACAAAGUACCAACCUCCUAACCGACAUUUCCAUCUAUGAAACACUAGCGACCAUGGCUCCCACGUGGCACCCCGACCUCCGCAAGUACGCGUACGCGAAGCACGAAGACCUGAAAAAGCUCCAAGUGCUGCUGGAGGAAGUGCGCGGCGACGCCGGGACAUGCGAUCUGUGCCAGACGGGCCGAAGCGAGCACCAAGGCGCGCUGUAUGAAUGCUGGGCCUGUCGGCAUGCGUACCACCAUACGUGCAUUGACGUGCUGCGGGCGCAGGCGGCGAACCGGGGCGAGCCGUUGGCGUACGGGUGCCCGCACUGCGGCCGGCCGUGGGCGACGGUCGCCAUGUUGGAGCAGCAGGCCGAGGAGGCGGCCCGGCGCCCCGCGCCCGGCCGCUCCCCGCGCCGCGGCCUCCCCUAUUCCGACGGGAUGUAUGCUUUCGCUUUUGGGGCGGCCACGCGCCAGUAUUUCUGUCAAUGGGAGGACCGCGUCACGGGCGGGGUCUGCAGGCAGGGACCGUUUGACACCUUCGAGCACUUCUAUCGCCACCAUACCACAGCACACGCGGAGAUCCUCAUCUACCAGUGUGACCUCUGCGAGCCGGUGCAGGGGUUCGUCUCGGCGCACUUGCUCAUCCAGCAUAACAAGGACGUUCACUACGGGGAUCCGCGGCCGUGCGAUAGGCCUAAGCCGUCGGCUUCCGCUACGGCGACUGAAGGCGAGGCUGUUGAUCCUUCUGUGUCACUGGUGGAGAAAUUAGAACUCAUGGACCUGGACGUGGUCGAAAGCAUCGAGGACGACGCCAUGCACUUGGAUGAAUAG